AUGGCUCAGGCUCUGCCCAUGGCGAUGGCCAUGCAGGCUAAACUGAUGUCUGUCGCUCGCUCGACCUCAGGCGCAGUCUUCUCCCUAUCGAAUUUCGACAUAGUCCGCAACCUCGUCUUCUUCGUCUUCUUCCUCCGUCUACUACGCAGGUCCUUUUACACUAUUCGCGGCUACGGGAUAUUCGGCAGCAUCCGAAAUGUCUUUCUACACCUCCGACUGAUCUUCUAUGGCCUCUUCCUGCGUGCCCCCGGCGUGCGCAGCCAGGUCGACAAGCAGGUUUCUACCGCCCUCACCAAGCUGGAGCAGAAGCUUGCACCGCAGGAACCGGGCAUGAUAAAGUUCAUGAGUCUGCCUAAGAAAGGGAUGAGCCAUGAUCAGGUCCGCGCUGAGCUGGAUAAGCUUGGUGGUAUGAAGCAUACGAUGUGGGAGGAUGGACGGGUCAGUGGCGCCGUGUAUCAUGGCGGAGAGGACCUGUUGAAACUGCAGACCGAGGCCUUUGGCCAGUUUGCUGUUUCCAACCCGAUUCACCCUGAUGUCUUCCCAGGUGUGAGGAAGAUGGAGGCUGAGGUUGUUGCAAUGGUUUUGGACUUGUUUCACGGCCCUGACGGCUCUGCUGGUGUGACUACUAGUGGCGGCACGGAGUCCAUCCUGAUGGCGUGUCUGUCAGCUCGCCAAAAGGCAUAUGCUGAACGGGGAGUGACCGAGCCAGAGAUGAUCGUGCCCGAAACAGCCCAUGCGGCCUUCACCAAGGCCUCAAAGUACUUUGGUAUCAAGUUCCACUCUGUGCCGUGCCCAAGCCCGGGCUAUCUCGUUGACGUCUCGGCGGUCCGCCGUCUCAUCAACCCAAACACCGUACUGCUGGUUGGAUCGGCGCCUAACUUCCCCCACGGCCUGGUGGAUGAUAUCCCAGCCCUAUCACGGUUGGCAGUUACAUACAAGAUCCCCUUGCAUGUCGACUGUUGUCUUGGCUCCUUCGUGAUUGCGUUCCUCAAGAAGGCCGGUUUCCCUUCCCCGUAUGAAGCACAAGGCGGCUUUGACUUCCGCCAGCCCGGUGUCACCAGUAUCAGUGUCGACACUCACAAGUAUGGGUUUGCUCCCAAGGGAAGCUCGGUCGUCCUGUACCGCAACCGCUCGUACCGCACCUAUCAGUAUUUCGUCAUGCCAAACUGGCCUGGUGGCGUUUACGCGUCUCCUUCCAUGGCUGGCUCCCGUCCUGGAGCGUUGAUCGCCGGAUGCUGGACCAGUAUGAUGGCCAUCGGCGAGUCGGGCUACAUCGACAGCUGCCACCAGAUCAUCAGCGCCGCCAGAAAGUUCGAGGCUGCCGUUCGUAAGAACCCCGGCCUCUCGUCCACGCUUGAGGUCGUCGGCCGGCCCAUGGUCAGCGUCGUCGGAUUCACCUCCACGAAUCCAGAAGUCGACAUCUAUGACGUUGCGGAUGCCAUGUCCAAUAUGGGCUGGCACCUGAACGCCCUCCAGUCGCCGCCAGCAAUGCACGUUGCCUUUACCCUGCCGACUGCCAACGCCGUCGACAAGCUAAUAGAAGACCUCACCACCGUCGUACAGCAAGAACUGACUAAGAUCGCGGAGAGGAAGGCCGCCGGUAUCAAGGUCGAGAAGAAACGAGGCGAUACUUCGGCCUUGUACGGUGUUGCUGGAAGCAUUCCAGACAAGAGCAUCGUCCGCCGUCUGGCCGAGGGCUUCUUGGAUACUCUCUACGUCAACUGA